AUGAGCUCCAACAGCUCCCCGGAGGAGAACCCUGAGGGAGAUGCAGGGAGAACAGGGCAGAAGCCCACGGUGAGAGAUGCUUUCAAAGACAUUUCCAUAUACUUCUCCAAGGAAGAAUGGGCAGAGAUGGGAGAACUGGAGAAAAUUCACUACAGGAAUGUGAAAAGGAACUAUAAUGUGCUGAUUAAUUUAGGUCUCAGAGCCCCUCGACCAGCUUUCAUGUGUCACCGAAGGCAGGCCAAGCUCCAUGUGGAUGACACUGAGGAUUCUGAUGAAGAAUGGACACCUAGGCAGAAAGUCAAACCUCCUCCGGCGGCCUUCAGGGUGGGACAGAGUAAACACCAGAAGGGAAUGUCCAGGGCACUGUUAAGUAAUGAAUCUAGUUUGAAGAAAUUGUCCGGAACAACGGAUUUACUGAACACAAGUGACUCAGAGAAGGCCCAGAAACGAGUAUCCCCUCCUGAAGAAGCAAGUACCUCCAGACGGCACUCUAGACAAAAAUUGGAACUCAAGAGAAAAGAGAUUGCAGUACAGAUGUAUAGCCUGCGAGAAAGGAAGGGUCAUGCAUACAACGAGGUCGAUGAGCCUCAGGAUGAUGACUACCUGUAUUGUGAGAAAUGCCAGAACUUCUUCAUCGACAGCUGUGCGGCUCAUGGACCCCCUAUAUUUAUAAAGGACAGUGCAGUGGACAAGGGGCAUCCCAACCGCUCAGCCCUCACUUUGCCCCCUGGGCUGAGAAUUGGGCCAUCGGGCAUCCCUGAGGCCGGGCUUGGAGUAUGGAACGAGGCAUCCGAUCUGCCAUUGGGUCUGCACUUUGGCCCCUAUGAGGGCCAGAUCACAGAAGAUGAAGAGGCAGCCAACAGUGGCUACUCCUGGCAGAUCACCAAGGGGAGAAACUGCUAUGAGUAUGUGGAUGGAAAGGACAAAUCUCGGGCCAACUGGAUGAGGUAUGUGAACUGUGCCCGGGAUGAUGAGGAGCAGAACCUGGUGGCCUUUCAAUACCAUGGGCAGAUCUUCUAUCGAACUUGCCAGGUCAUCAGGCCGGGCUGUGAACUGCUGGUCUGGUACGGGGAUGAAUAUGGCCAGGACUGGGUAUCCAGCGGGGCAGCAAGUGGAAGAAAGAGCUCACGGCAGGGAGAGAACCAAAGCCAGAGAUCCACCCAUGUUCUUCAAGCCCUCUGGCCUUCUCCAGUCAGAAAUUCCUCAGGCAACAUGUGGAACACAAUCACUCCUCUCAGACCUUCCCAGGGACAUCUGCGAGAGAACAUCUCCAGCCAGGGAAUCUCCAUCCAGUUGGUCAGAAUCAGGAGCAGCAACGUUCUGAUCCACACAGCUGGAAUGACAAGGCUGAAGGUCAAGAGGUCAAAGAAGGCACGAGCUGUGUACCUCGUCCCCAGUUCCAAAGGCGAGAGAGUCCGGGAGGCCACGGAGAACUGA